AUGAUGGAUGUUUAUCGGUUAUUUUUUCGGUUGAACUGCGCUCGUUACGCCCACAACGAUGGCAUUUUUUCAGUCAUUAAACGCUUUUCCGAGUCUGCAGUUAUGGCCAUGUUAAGGGAUCUCUUGCUUUGGAUUGGCCUCGGAUACAUUACGCAGGUUCAAGGAAUAUCCAAGUUCACAAACAUCGAGUGCCUUAACAUGGACGAGAGUUUCACCAACAUUUCCCUGUGCCGAUUGUAUGCCGUCAAGAGGGAUGUGGUGGAAAUGAGUCUAAAAGCCCAUAUUCUGCACUGGCCAAAGCGUCCGAUAUCGAUGCGUAUGCAAUUGAUGAAGAAAGCUAGUGGUUACAAGCCUUUUCUAUAUAAUGUCUAUCAAUCGGAUGUGUGUGAAUAUUUGGAGAAGAGGAAUCAUCCUUUUGUUAAUAUCAUUCUCAACAGCUUCGGCAAUCGGACCAAUGUAAACAAGUGCCCAAUUCCACCUGAAAUUAUAUUGGAACACUUCCGUUUUCCCGUAAAAGUCUUGGAUCUAAUGCCCUUGCCCUCUGGGGACUACGGAUUAUUCACUACCUUCAGUUUCGAUCGCAAGGAACGGGCACAGGUUAAGGUGUACUUUGGGCUAACAGAAUAUCGCUAA